CAUCAUGUCUGAUACUAUAAUCAAGUUUAUUAUAUGCUGCAGGGCAUUAGAAAGCUUUGUUGUGAACUCUUGGAUCUCAAAGAUGCAGUCGAAAACUUAUGUGGUAACGUGCGCACAAAGUACCUGGCUUUCUUAAGAAUUUCAGAGGAAGUUGUGGAGAUGAAGCAUGAACUAACUGAGAUGCAGAAACACAUAUCUUCCCAAGGUCUGCUUGUGCAGGAUUUGGUGACUGGUGUCUGUAGUGAAUUGGAAGAUUGGAAUAAAUCUUGCGGCCUGAAUGAUGUUGCUGAGAAAAACCCUCAGGUUUCUGAAGAGCAAGAUUUGACACUAAGUGAAUUACAUAACCAGAGGAUGAUACUCUUGGACAAUAUUGAUGUUCUCCUGGCUGAGCACAAAGUGGAGGAAGCAGUGGAGGCUCUAGUUGUAGAAGAGAGAAAAUAUCCAGAGUUAAAGGGCUCUGCUGACAGUUUAUCUGAGGAGGCAAACUCAUAUAGAUUAGCUUUCUUGGAAAGAAAGGCAAAGGCUGAGGGUCAAUUGGUUGAACUUGUGAAGCAACCUUUAGUUAAUAUAGCUGAACGUAGAAGAGCACUUUCUUGUUUGAUUAAACUUGGGAAAGGUCCUUCUGCUCAUCAGCUGUUGCUGAAAUCCUUUCGAGACCAUCUCCAGAAGAGCAUUGACGUUUUUCUUCCUUCAUCUUCUUUCUGCCCAAGAAUCUUUUCAGCCACACUAGCUAAACUAGUAUUCUCCAGCAUCUCUGCCACAAUAAAAGAAUCAGGUUUGAUAUUUGGCGAUAAUCCUGCUUAUACCAACAGAGUUGUUCAAUGGGCAGAAUGGGAAAUUGAGUUUUUCAUCCAUCUGGUUAAAGAAAAUGCGCCAUCCUCUGAAACAGUCUCUGCAUUACAUGCCGCAUGCAUCUGCAUACAGGCAAGUCUUAGUUACUGCUCGUUGUUGGAAUCACAAGGCCUUAAACUGUCAAAGUUACUCCUGGUGCUCUUGCGCCCGUAUAUUGAGGAAGUAUUGGAGCUGAAUUAUAGACGGGCUAGGAAAGCAGUUCUUAACUUGGUAGAAAGCGAAGAGAACUUGCCGGUGUCACCUCGCUUUGUCUCUCCACUGUCUGCCUUUGCAACAUCAUCUGAUGAUGCCCUCAUUGACAAUGGAUUGAGAUUUAUGUACAUCAUUGACAUUAGCAGUAUGCUGCUUCCUGCCGUCGCGCGGGUUGCAUUUUACGGGUUACCGUCCGACGUCGAGGAGUUUGUCUUCGUCCACAUUCGUCACGAUGGGGGUGAUGAGAGGGAUGCUGCCACCGCCGCCGCCUGA